AUGGCAGUGUUCAAGGAGAUACCGAUUCUGGAUCUGUCGCUGGCAAGAUCAGAAGAGACAAAGCCAGAAUUCUUGAAGCAGCUGCGCGAAGCGCUGCUGACUGUAGGCUUCCUGUACAUCAAGAACACUGGCAUUGAUCAACAGUUCUAUGACAAAGUCUGCGAGGAAGGCAUCAAGUUCUUCGACUUACCUGAAGAAGAGAAGCUUGCCGUAGAGAUGAAGCACAAGCCCAGCUUUCUCGGUUACUCACGUCUCGGGAAUGAGGUCACAGCACGCAAAGCAGACUGGCGAGAACAGCUUGAUCUUGGAACGCCUCACGCAGAGCGUACGGAGCAAGAUCCUCUUUACUACCACUUAUUUGGACCAAACCAAUGGCCGAGCGAGAAGUAUCUGCCGGAAUUUCGUAGAGUGUUCGAAGACUAUAUGCGAAGGAUGAGUGACAUCAGUCUCUUCUUCACAAGCCUGAUAGCAGAGGCCAUUGAGCUGCCGGCGACAGCGUUCGACAACUUCUUCGACAAGGGCCAGCAGCAUAAGCUCAAAAUUGUGAAGUAUCCUGACAACGGUGACGGUGUUGGUCAAGGGGUGGGUCCUCAUAAGGAUUCCAUGCUUUCAUCGUAUCUACUGCAAGCCAGUAAUCACAGAGGGCUGCAAGCGCAGAACACCCAGGGAGAGUGGAUCGAUUGUCCUCCAAUUCCAGGCACGCUCGUCGUAGCUAUAGGGCAAGGUCUCGAGGCUCUUACCGGUGGCGUAUGCGCAUCGACCACACACCGCGUAUUAUCACCAGAAGCUGGAAAGGGCGCGCGCUUCUCCAUUCCAUUCUUUCAGGGCGUCUCUUAUGAUGCUCGCUUCGAAUCCAUGGAAGUGCCAGAUCGUGUGAGAGCACUACGAAAGGAAAUCCUCGAUCAGCAAGAUGGGCGUCGCGACGAUGUCGAGUUCACCUUCGUGAAGGGUCGUUGGAACCAUCUGGGCGAGGCAACGUUGAUGAACCGCAUCAAGAGCCAUCCAGAUGUUGGUGAGAGAUGGUAUCCAGAGUUGCUUGCGGAGAUUCAGUAA